CCGUGGGGUUGGAGGAACGUUCUGCUCGACUUCAUUGUCUGUGCUCGUGGCUAAGAGUGACGCGAGAGAGAGAAAUAAAGCGGAAAAUAAUAAUAACAGGAUUAUGGAUUUUCGUUAGCGGGUCUUUUGUCUCUUGAGCAAUAAGCACGCGUCGCGACGUCUCUUGAAUGGACUCGAGCGAGGGCCUGACCGCGCUCUAGACGCCCUCGAGUCGACGAUGGUAAGUGUGGGCGCCUGGGACAGCCUCAGCUCGGCCAUGGCUCGCACUCCGCUCAAGCACUCUUUCUCCAUCAACUCCAUCCUGCCGGAGACCGCCCUCGACAACCCCGUGGAACUGCCUAGGGAUGUCCCCACGCCCAAGGAUGAACUCCUGAUGGACGACGUCGAGAUGACGACCGCCGAGGACAUCGAGGACGACGUCGACGAGGAUGAGGUAGACAUCGACGUAACGGGCGCGGCGAGCCCGCUGGCCGGUGCGAUGUCAGACUCGGAGGUGGAGGACCAGUCGGAGAAGGACGAGAAGGACUCGAAGAAGGGCGCGGGCGAGGACAAGAAGGAGGGCGACGAAAAGAAGAAGCACGAGAAGCCGCCGUUUAGCUACAACGCCCUCAUCAUGAUGGCCAUCCGGUCGUCGCCCGAGAAGCGCCUCACCCUCAACGGCAUCUACGAGUUCAUCAUGAAGAACUUCCCGUACUACCGCGAGAACAAGCAGGGCUGGCAGAACUCCAUCCGCCACAACCUCAGCCUCAACAAGUGCUUCGUCAAGGUGCCGCGCCACUACGACGACCCCGGCAAGGGCAACUACUGGAUGCUCGACCCCUCGGCGGACGACGUGUUCAUCGGCGGCACGACGGGCAAGCUGCGGCGCCGCUCCACCACGGCGUCCAGGAACCGCCUUGCCGCCUUCAAGCAGUCGCUGCUCGGCCGCUUCGGCUGCUACCCGCCCUUCGGCCUGGCGCCCUACGCGGCGGCGGCGGCUGCGGCCCUGGCCCCGGGCUCCCUGCCGGGCUCGCUGCCGGGGGCCCUCGCGUCGGCGCCGCUGUACCAGCAGGCCGCCGCCGCAGCUGCGCUCUACCGCGGCUACCCUCCGUCCUACUACUCGGGCUCGCUGCCCGCCGGCCCCGCGCCCCUGCCCGGCCCCGCCCCGCCCUCUGGCCUGCCCAAGCCUACCGCCCUGCCCCCGGGGGCGGCGCACCCACCCUCCUCCUUCAGCGUGGACCGCCUUCUGGCCGACACACCCAUCAGCGCCGCCCCUACGUCGCCUGUGUCCUCCGUGGGCGCGCCUCCGCCCCUUCUCCUGGGCGGCCUGGGCGGAUCGACGACCAUGACGCCCUACGAGAUGUACCGCACCUCCCUCUUGUCUCACGCCGGCCUCAGCCACGCCCUCGGCGGCAUGACCACCGCCCUCAGCCCCCCCGGCAGCUUGGGCGUGAUGGGUCUGAGCAUGGGCGGCGCCGGAACAAGCGUGGGCGCGGCUCCCCCCGCGCCUUCCAGCACCUCCAGCGGAGGCGGCAGCGACGGGGGCGGCGGGCGGGCGGUCUUCAAGCCCGUGACAGUCGUUGCCCGCCCGAGCUAGUUCCGCCCCUCCGCCCUCCCCCGCGCUCGUGGGCGUGCGGGCGACCUGGGGAGACCGCCCUGUGUGUAUGUGUGUAUAUAUACUGUAUGUAUAUGGUUUGUUGUGUACAGUCACCGCUUGACUGUGUCUAACGCCAAAGUUGUACAGCACAAUGUGUAUAAAAAAGGUU